ACCCUGGGGCCCCUCCCACCCCGACUCCAGAUAAGGCGAGCCCGGGACUGCUUCACUGGGCACUAGGCACAAGGGCUGGAAUGGGGCCGCCCGGCUCCCCGCGGCAGUGGGUCCUGCUGCUGCUGGGGCUGCUGCUUCCCCCCGCCGCCCCCUUCUGGCUCUUCAAUGUGCUCUUCCCCCCGCACACCACGCCCAAGGCUGAGCUCAGUAACCACACACGGCCCGUCAUCCUCGUGCCUGGCUGCCUGGGGAAUCAGCUGGAAGCCAAGCUGGAUAAACCAAAUGUGGUGAACUGGAUGUGCUACCGCAAGACAGACGACUUUUUCACCAUCUGGCUGGAUCUCAAUAUGUUCCUACCCGUUGGGGUAGACUGCUGGAUCGAUAACACCAGGGUUGUCUACAACCGCAGCUCUGGGCGAGUAUCCAAUGCCCCCGGUGUACAGAUCCGUGUUCCCGGCUUUGGCAAGACCUACUCUGUUGAGUAUCUGGACAACAGCAAGUUGGCAGGUUACAUGCACACACUGGUUCAGAACCUGGUCAACAAUGGGUAUGUGCGGGAUGAGACGGUGCGGGCCGCCCCCUACGACUGGCGGCUGGAGCCCAGCCAGCAGGAGGAGUACUACCUGAAGCUUGCUGGGCUAGUGGAGGAAAUGCACGCUACCUACAGAAGGCCUGUCUUCCUCAUUGGGCACAGCCUUGGCUGCCUGCACUUGCUCUAUUUCUUACUGCGCCAGCCCCAGGCCUGGAAGGACCGCUUCAUCGAUGGUUUCAUCUCUCUUGGGGCUCCCUGGGGUGGCUCCAUCAAGCCCAUGAUAAUCUUGGCCUCAGGUGACAACCAGGGCAUCCCAAUCAUGUCCAGCAUCAAGCUGAAAGAGGAGCAGCGCAUGACAACAGCGUCCCCCUGGAUGUUUCCCUCCAGCCAGGCAUGGCCCGAGGACCACGUGUUCAUUUCCACCCCCACCUUCAACUACACAAGCCGUGACUUGCAGCGCUUCUUUACAGACCUGCACUUUGAGGAAGGCUGGUACAUGUGGUUACAGUCACGUGACCUGCUGGCAGGGCUCCCAGCACCUGGAGUGGAAGUAUACUGUCUGUAUGGCGUGGGCCUGCCCACACCCAGCACCUACAUCUUUGACCAUGGCUUCCCCUACACGGACCCUGUGGGUGUGCUCUAUGAGGACGGGGAUGACACUGUGGCCACGCGCAGCACCGAGCUCUGUGCCCAGUGGCAGGGCCUCCAACAGCAGCCUGUGCACCUGCUGCCUCUGCCUGGGGUACAGCACCUCAAUAUGGUCUUCAGCAACCAGACACUGGAGCACAUCAAUGCCAUCCUGCUGGGUACCUACCGAAAUAGCACCGCCGUACCCCCAACUGCCAGCCCAAGGCCCAUGCCCCCUGAAUAAAGACCUUCCUUUGCUGCUAUAA